AUGACCGUUCGCAUUCUCUCCCUCCAUGGCAUGGGCACCAACGCCCGCAUAUUUGCCGCCCAAACAGCCCAUUUCCGCAAUCUCCUACCGCCGGAUUAUGAGUUCGUCUUUGUGGAUGGCACCACCGUGUGUGAUCCAACCCCCGAAGUCGCAGACAACUUUGAGGGGCCGUACCUGGGCUGGUAUCGCAGUCCAAGCACCGUCAGGGUCGCCGCCGCUCAUGACGCCGUGCGCAAAGUGAUAGACGAGAAGGGGCCGUUUGACGCAGUGCUGGGCUUUAGUCAGGGCGCCGCCGUCGCCGCAUCCAUGCUCCUACAUGCCCGAAUCGCAGGUCAGAGACCCCCCUUCCAGGCCGCCAUCUUUAUCGGGUCGCCGAUUCCCUUCUCUUGCAGCCUAGACUACGGUAUCGACACCCGAACGUACUUCGGUAUCGCCGCGUCUUCGCCCAGCCGGCCCGGUGCGCUCAUGCAGAUACCAGAUUACCUAGUCACGGACCCGGCGUAUCUGAAGGGUGAAAAGAGUGCGGAGGAGGUCUUCUACCAGAUGUUCCAUGCUACAGUUGAUCCCUAUCGCAUUGGCAUCCCGACGGCUCAUGUGUACGGGCUGCGGGAUCAGUGGCGCCGCCACAGCAUGGAUUUAGUGCAGCUGUGUGAUCGUGUAACGGUCGUGGAACAUGGUGAGGGUCAUAACGUGCCGGCAGGGUAUAGUGAAGAGAUUGCUGAUGCUGUCGAGACGGUGAUGACCGGGGUUGGGGGGAGAUAA